AUGGCUUUAAAAUCAAUGAGUGUGAUAAAUGUGUUAACAUUAAAAACACUCCAGGCCACGAAGUCAUUGUUUGUUUGUUUGUAUGUUGAUGACAUGCUGAUAAUGAGCAAAGAUAUGAUAGAUAUAAAUGCUACAAAGCGCAUGCUGGCUAGCAAAUUUGACAUGAAAGACUUAGGAGUUGCUGAUGUAAUCCUAGGAAUCAGAAUUCAGAGAACUCCACAAGGUAUAGCAUUAUCACAGUCUCACUACAUAGAGAAAGUACUUGACAAGUUCAAGUACUUGGAUUUCAAGAUUGCCAGAACUCCAAUUGAUGUGAGUUACGCACUUCAAAAGAAUGAAGGUGAAAGUAAAUCACAAGGGGAUAUGCGAGAGUGUUGGGAAAUCUGA